UCUUCAGCCCUAUCACCCCCUAGACCUCAGAAGUGGAGCUCAGCAGGUGUGAGCCUGGCCAGUACCUGGAGGAGAGACCUCCUCGGGAAGAGCUGAGGUUGCUGCUGGGAGAGGUGUUAGGGGGGCCAGUAGGGGGCGCUCACCCUGUGGUCUGUGUGGUACCUAAUGCCUCACUAUAGUGACAGGGCCAUGACAGUGUAAAAAAGGUGCUGUCCUUUGGAUGAUUUUUAAAACCUAGGUCCUGACUCUUUGUGGUAAUUACAAGUCCCAGGGUGUUUCUUGAAAAGAGUAGGGGUGUUACCCCAGUGUCAUGGCGAUGUUGCACUGGUGCUGAGCGUACUGGUGCUCUCUGGCCGCCGUUGCGUCAUCCAGGUGGGGUUACACAUUGCUGCUGGUGGAGGGGAGUCCCCAGUAACUGUAAAGAGCUUUGAGUGGAAGGCACACUAUAUGAGUGUAAGGAUCUCAUCGGUUAACUCGGCUUCCUUGCUACAACCCUCUUUCUAGCAAGGGAGUGGUGAGGCGAGGGCCGUGCUUGUGCACGUUGAUGAGGGCUCUUGCACUCCGGUCUCUGAAACUGGUGCAGUCGCAGCUGUGUGCCGCACGCACACCAUAGACCAGAGUGCACGGGGCAAAACGCUGCAAGAACUCUCAGGUGGACAGGGGUGUGCAGUAGUGGUGAGGAAUCUGCACCCGGGGACAAGCCAUGUCAGUUUUCAAAACUGGGGAUUGUAUUUCCUUAUGCUUAUGUUCCGUGCUACCAGUUGUGUGUUGCUUUGAACAGUGGUCAGCUGCCAGUGUCAUUCUUAUUUACCGUCCUGUGGCGGAUUGUGCACUGUGUGGUGUUGUGUAUUGUACUGUGCAUGUCCCAAGGGGAUGGCAAGAAUAAGAAUCCCAGUGUACUAUGCAUGUACAUAUGGCAGAUAAACUCCCUCUCUGUUCGGUUUCCCUUAUCUGUACAGGAUGUACAGUAGACCUAAAUAUUUUGUACCAAGAAAGCUGAUGAAACAGUUGUGUGUAACAUAACACCCCACAGCAGGGAGUUUCCCUGUUUUAAACCUGUCUCCUAACUCCUUGGAAUAACUGUCAGCUUUUGCCAAUACAUUCGAGGAGUGAUGGAUUCCCUGUGUGUGUUGGAUCACAUAAUCCCGUUUCUGUUGCCACAGUACGGUUCUGUACAAAGAUGCCAACAAGAAGACUGUGACCCCCUGUUAUUGUACUUAAGAGCUGUAGUGUGUUGAAAUCAGCACAGCCUAUGCUGAUGGUAUGAGGGGAAAUGUUUCUGAACUGUUGCCUAGAGGCUGUGUGCCAAGCAGUUACUGCACUAAUUCACUUUUGCAUCAGCUUGGUCACACUUUCUAAUGAGAACCAGGGUCUCCUGCUGAAUCCCAUGAGUACCUUAUGAAGUGUUCUCAUGGAAUUAGAAGGUGUGAUGGAAUAACCCACAGGAUAAUGCUCGCCCCUAGCUUGAAAUAACGUUAUUCACGUUGUGAGUUAGUAACAUUUUCUAACAAUGGCCACGAACCCUAUAUUCAUGGUGAACUGCGUAUGAAGGAUGUUGGGCUCGGGCUUCAUGUCUUAUUCCUUGACAGCUUUGUGAGAAUUCACUAGGAUUCUUUUUUUCAGUUCAGAUUCUGAGGCUGAAUGUUUUGUGGGUGUUACAGCACAUGGCAAAAUGAAGUUUGCUCAACCCUGCGGUUAGUGUUACCAGUGGAAGAAGAUGCUGAAUGUUGACCAGGGAAAAGCUCAAACAAGGGCUCGAGCACCGCGAUCUUGCUGGUAACUUCAACAGCAGUGUUUCCUAGCUCUGGUCCUGGUGAUGUCCUAGGUCCUAGGGCAGCACCCCUACUGUGAUCAAUGCCUUUAAGUGGCGGGCUUGCUUGUUUAAACCACAGGUUAACCUGUUCCUGCGCUCUGCCCCCAGCUUCAAAAACGCCCAGUUUCUAUGUGUAUGAUUCCCAACAGGACCUGCAGUGCAUCCCAGGCAGAUGACUGAAAUCCUCUUUGAUUGAAAUGUUUGAGAGAACAAGGCUGAAGAUAAAAUGCAGAAGGGAGGGUAUUUGUCUGAAGAAAUUCUGUUAUUGACCAUCUUCAGUAUGGAGUGUGUCCUAUUUACCAGUUUGACAAACAGUAUUAAUUGACAAGGUGGGCAGUAAAAAAUCAGAAUGUGGUGAAAUUAACUGGGGGGAAUAAAAUAAAGAGAUUGUCAACAUGUUAUAAAGUAGGAUUUACUCGCAUGUUAGUGUAGUGGUCUAAUACUGCAGUUUGCACUGUCAUCGCUUUCAGUGCCGGGUAUUAACAUUGCUUUGUCUAUAUGUAAUCCACCCCAAUCCCUAUAGACCGCGCUGCAUCAAGUGCAGUUUUAGCAGUCUAGUCUGCACAUUACGUCAUUUUUACGCGCGGGGACAGUCGCCAUCUUGUCUAGGUAUUGGGGGAUCUGUGAGUGUGUUAUUGUGGUUGUUCUUUUAUGUUUAGUUAUCUUAGAACAGGUGGCGACUCGUCUAGUGAAAUGCAAAACCGUUUUUGUUUUCUAAUAUGCAAGUAAAAGUAUUUUACGGUAAGUGUCGCGCUAUAAAAACAAGAACACCACCUUUUCAAACUGAGACUGCUACUGUCAAUUAAUUGUUUUGCAUAAAUUGGAUACGAUGUUCUCUUUCCCCUUCAUAGCGUUCAUAUUAUACGACAUGCCCGUCUAUUGCGCUGCUAUUAAUUGCUCAGAACUCCGCAAUGAAGACACGUUGAGGAGGGGAAUCAGCUUCCACGGUUUUCCAAAGAAUCGGUUGAGAAGAAAUCAGUGGAGACUUGCAGUUCUACGGCAGACCACCGAUAACAAACUUUGGGAGCCCACGAAAUUUAGCGUUUUGUGCAGCAAACAUUUCAGAGAGGAAAUGUUUGACCGAACUGGGCAAACAGUUCGCCUGAGGGAUCACGCUGUGCCUACGGAAUUUGUCUUCGGAGUUAGGAAGGGGUCUGCUGAGGACGAGUCCAGCCUGGACAUGCCUUCCAGCUGCGUCGCCGUCAACUGCUCCGAGGAGAGGAGCCAAGACACCUUGAACAGGGGCAUCACUUUCCACAGGUUUCCUAAGGACCCGGUGCGCCGCAGGCAGUGGCGGGCGGCCAUUCGCCGGCAGACGCCCGACAAGAGGCUGUGGGAGCCGACCAAGAGCAGCGUGAUCUGCAGCAAGCACUUCACCCCGGACACGUUCGACCGCACCGGCCAGACGGUCCGUCUCCGCGCCGCCGCCGUGCCCAGCGUCUUCGACUUCGCCAGCAAGAGGAAGCGAGGCGAAGAGGGCGAGGAAGAGCAGCAGGACUGGAAGGAGGAGCAGCCGAGGUGCCGUUGCAGGGACCGACGGAGGAGAAAACAGCCGAGAGGUGCGAAGACCCCAGCUCCAAGCACGCCAGACGGCGCCUCCAGUAUAGGAGACCUGGUUCUGGCUGCGGAGCUGAUGGAGGUGGUCACCGACACGGUGCGGGCGGUGCAGCUGGGCAUCCGGGUCCAGCGCGGCUUCGAGAACGACCACGGCAACUACUCGCUGCCCUCCGACCCGGCUGUGCUCAGCAGCCUGGUCCGCACCCUGGCGCAGGACCAGCACCGGCAGGAGCAGGCGCUGCUCAACCUGAAGGUGGCGAUGGAGAACAGGGACAAGCUCUUCCAGAAGAAGAAGAAGCAGUGGGAGUGGGAGCUGCACAUGGCGACGGCGGCCCGCGACGCGCGGAUCGAGGCCCUGGAGGACCAGCUGGCCCAGCUGCGGGCCGAGGGGGCGGCCACCCAGCGCGAGCUGCGCCAGGCCCGGGCGGAGGCCAGCGCCAGCGCGGAAGCCAUGCUGAGCCUGGGCACCCAGCUGCGGGAGCGCCGCCACCGGAGCCAGGUGGGCACGCUGUCGGCCUGCGCCCUCCGCGGCAGCCCCAAGUGGCUGCGCUUCUACACCGGCUUCGACAGCUACGCCCGCUUCCUCGCCUUCCUGCACUUCCUGCAGAGCGGGGACGGAUCGGGGCUCUGCUGGCAGCAGCCCUGCCUCCCCGAGGAAGGGGGGGGGCAGGGAGCCGGAGCGGGAGCCCCCGAGGGCUACCUGGAGGUCACGACCCCAGCUUCUGAAUGCAGCAACUUCGGUGGUGAUCUAACGCAGGUCUCGGACGCGGAGGCGCCGGCGGACCUCUGGACGGCAGCCGGGGCGGCGCAGGCGGACGGCGAAGGGGAGGCGAGGGAGCCGCUGCGCAGGACAGAAGGGGGCGCCCCCAACCUGCUGAGCGCCGAGGACCAGCUGCUGCUGGUGCUGGCCCGGCUCCGGCUGGGCCUGCUGCUCCAGGACCUGGCCUUCCGCUUUCGGGUGGCGGAGUCCACGGUCUCGCGGAUCUGGGUGCACUGGAUGGAGCUGAUGCAGAAACGGCUGCAGCAGAUCCCAGUGAAGUGCAGCCAGCGCUAUAUUAGCUUUUUCCGGCCCAAGCACACCCUCAUCCUGGGGGACGGCCUGACCCUCACCGUGCUGGAGUGCGCCGACCUCCUCUUCGAGGUGCCCUCUCGAGACCGCCAGCGCGGCGGCGGCUCGGACAGGGCGGGCGAGGGCCCCCCGGACCUGGUGUCCCAGCCUUACCGCGCCCUGUGCCCGCGCCGCGGCUGCGUCCUGGCCUCCCCGGCCGGCUACCUGGGCUUUGCCAGCGCCGUGCGUCUGGAGGAGUGGGAGGCGCUGGGCGCCGAGGACCUCCUGCCCAGCCAGGCCCUGCCGCCCUACCUGUUCGACGAGGCCCCGGCGCCCGCCCUGCCCCCCGGCCGGCCGUCCCGCGAGGUGCUCAGCGUGCGCAGCCUGACGGACAAGGCCCUGAACUUCCGCUACCUGAGGGCCGUGCACCCGCUGAGCACGGCCGCCCAGCUGGACCGCGCCUGGGAGGUCUGCUGCUACCUGGCCUGCCUGCUGCACGAGCCCAUGGGCCUGAGAUAGGCGGGAGGGGAGGCAAGAGCAGGGAGCUGCGGUCCUGCUUGGGCUCAGUUCUGCAGGAGUCUGUGGGCCCGAGAUCUCGAGAGAGAGAGAGGGGGGGAGCCGCCAGGAAGGGCCCGUCUGCUCUCCCAGCAGAUGGAAGAAGAGAGCCGAGAGCACAGUAGAAGCGCAAAAGGCACCGGUCUCUCUGUAAGAGGGAGAGCAGGGCCUCCUGAAUGGUCAACCCACAGGAUCUCUUCACCGGCUGCUUCAGGGCCGGAGGAAGAGGAACUUCUCGGAGCCCGAAACCGUACGGGUCCCGGGCCGCGCUCUGCCCCAGCAAUGCUGUGGCUCAGAAUUUAUUCCAAUCCAGGGCUCUACUUUCUGCUGUGAUUGUACAAAACUAGAUUCGCGUUUUGUACAAAAGAGCUCUGCUGCUGGAGGUAAACAGAGAUGUAGUGUUUUUUUUUCCCCCAUCGGUAUGCCGUUUUCAUUUGUGUGGUUUUUGCCCUCUUUCCUGGGGAACAUUUUCUUAAGAAAAAAAAAUGCGUCGCUUUAUUUUCCCAGUUACCUAGCCCAGCGUGUGAAAGGCUUUUUGUUAUGAUGGGUCUUUUUUCAGAGAAGACCUUUGGCCCCAAUGUGUUAUGUUGAGGAGAGAUGCAUCCAUUUUUUUUUUGUGAGCAUUUCCUUGAAUCUCCCUUUAUAGGCAUGCGGUUUAUAAUCGCCAGUGUGCUUCGUGCCUGGGCAGAAUGAGGACAGGUCGGUGCGCCGCUCUGCACCACUCAUCUUCCAUCACGGCGUGGGCUCGGCCCUGCCCUGCCCAGCGCCAGCGAAGAGAGAGUGCUGCCCAGGUGAUUGGUCCCCUCAAUGUGGAGGAGUCCAGUGCCAGUUUGUCGCUGCUCGCACUCCACUUCGGAACGGGACCCCCCUGCUUGUUCAAGCUCAUCCAGCUUCAUCUGUUGCAAGUUCAUGUCCUCGUGUGAAAGGGGUGGUCACUUUUUCAAUUUUAAGGGCUGUUAAACUUACCCUAGGUUUGUUAGCCUUAAAUGUUGAUCAGCUUCUUCUAAAAUGUGCGGCGAAGAGUGAAGGUGGAGGGUGGUGUGUAGAAUGUAUGAGCAGUGCCCCCAGGGGUGCUUCAGGACUGUGUAAUCUGUGGUCCUUGUACGGUGUAAGCCUUUCACUUGCCAGAGAGGUGUUCAAUUAAUGUUGUAACUGAGUCUGAGUACAUGCAGAGUCUCUUGUCUGCAGUUCUACACGAAAUUGCCUGGUACUGGCUGUGUUUGAAGUGUGUUAAGCAAAAACUCAUGCCAUCCUCACUGAAGGUGUGGUGGGUGUGCGUGAGGCACGUUAAACCAAAGGUCCACAAAAGUGGAGUCAUUGAGAAAUGACUGUACCGGUUUUUAGGACUUUUUGUAAAAACUUGUUUGAAGAGCUGGAUUUCGGUCCUAAAUACACUCAGCCCCGCUUCACGUUCUAGGAGCAAUCCUCCCACCGAAACGUUUCAGCUCAUGGUUUUAUAAUGUAAGAUCAGUCAAAAUAAAAGCCGUAGUGGUUUGAGUUCG